UUCCGCAGCCAAAGCGGGACAACAUCCGAGGGGGAAGUAAAGUGGAAACGCUCUUCUCUGGUCUUGUCCUGUCUUGUUUGGUGUCUGGUGUGAAUCCGCCCAAAAUCGACCAACCUUCAAACACAUCCCUCAUCAUCUUCUUCAUGCUCGGUUCGUCCGAAGCGACGCAAAGUCCCCUUCCCUCUCUUCUUCAUUACUCGCCUUCCGUUGGCGAUCACGAUCGCGCUUCUACUCGGGAUUCCACCCCCGUCACCACUCCUCUCGGGUUUGGCGUAUCGUCGCGCAGCAGCAGACCGGAUAAGGAAAAGGUCUCGGAUCUACCCUGGACUGGAGAUUCCUUCGACUUCGACUUCAGCGACGUUCAUUCACCGUAUCUUGACAGUCGGAAACUGCACCCUCCUUUCCACCAGGACCUCGACUUCCCUCUCUUCCCUUCCUCACCUCCCUCGACCGCAACGAACACCAUCACGACCACCAUGACCGGGGCCGCUCCUAUCGACAUCGCCACCCGCCAGAGCUCCGUCUCUCCGCCGGGACAGCAGGCUUCCAACCUCACAUCGGCUCUGCAACGAGCAAACAACGCAGAGCGAACAGGUAGCUUUUCUCAUGCGAAUGGCAUUGGACUCAGUGUUUUCAAGGCGCCCCCUCCUCGCAAGGACUCGAUCGGAGCAGCCACCGCACAAUGGGGCAACGGAACGAAACCAAUUUCGAUGUCCGGAUCUAACCGUGAUAACCCCCGGCGGGAAUCAUUAGCAGGUAGCUUAGUCGGUGGAAUGAGCUGGGGUGGAGUCUCUGUUGGUAGUUGGAUUCGUGAUGAUAUUAUUAUGACCGGCACCUCUCCGUUCACUUUCCAGUCGCCCUCGUUUCAUUCUUCCUCAUAUUUGCCAAAAUUAGAAGCGAAUUUCAUGCGCGAUUUCUCCUGUUGCGGGGUCACACUGCCAACGCUCCAUGAUCUGCUACAACAUUAUGAAGAAGCUCACGCCACUAAGUCGCCUCACCAGGGACAUCGUCCAAGUCAAGGUGACGGCCGAGCAGCGAUGGCUGCGGCCGUGAUGGCGCAGCAGCAGAACCAGCAGAAUCCCAACCAAGCUCGAGGGUUGCAACCGGAUCGAACCAUGGAUAUGCAGCGCAAGUUGAACCAAACGCCACAAAUUCCGCAGCACUCCGAUCUGGAUGCGAUUGAUGACAUGGAGCUGGAUGAUACGAUCGGCGAUGGAAGUGAUGCUGCAUCACAGCUAUUCUCCUCUCAGGUGCAUGAUGGCAGCCAAGGGGGAUUCGGAAAUGGCAAUCAACGAGUCCCGCAUUUGAAUCUUUCGAUGCUUCCUGGCCACCAGGGCUUCAAAGGCUCGCAGCCUGGAACGCCCGUGGCCUCUAAUCGACCCCUUUCGCUGCAGAAUAACCCUACCGUCUCCUCCGUCAACACGCCCACCUUGAUGGCAAAUCCCCUACAGAACUCGCAGUUCCGAACGACGCCUGAUUCCUCCGCUCCUGGCACUCCUGCCAACGAACUUGAAGAGGCGAUGGUGGGUGGCUUUGGAGAUUUGAAUAUGCAGAACGCUAUGAUGCAAGGCCAGCCGCAAUAUGGCCGGUUCACGGGCAACAGCGAUAUGGUUGACCUUUGUAUUGAUGAACCCGCAAAGCGGCUGUUUAGUCCCACUGGCGGUCUCAACACUCCCAAUGCCCACUUCAAGCUCAGCGGUGCUCAGUAUGGCCCGAACAGCGAGAUCGCUCGGCGAAUUCGCGAGCAGCAACUACUGGCGGGUGUACCUGAUACCACCGCUCUCCUACCCAACGAAGAGCCCAAGCCUUUCCGGUGUCCCGUUAUUGGCUGUGAAAAGGCCUACAAGAACCAGAACGGCCUGAAAUACCACAAAGCACACGGUCAUAACAAUCAGCAGUUACAUGACAAUGCAGAUGGUACCUUUUCAAUUGUCAACCCCGAGACCUCGACCCCUUACCCCGGUACCCUUGGCAUGGAGAAAGAGAAGCCAUACCGCUGCGAAGUUUGCGGCAAGCGCUACAAGAACCUUAACGGGUUGAAGUACCACAAAUCACACUCCCCACCGUGCAAUCCUGACUUCCAGCUUGCUGCGGGUCGUAAUCUGGCGUUUGGUGGGGGUGUCAUGCAGGGGCAGAACAUUAACGUUGCUGGGGCUGGCCUACCUGGCAUCGGUGAAGAGGGCCUACUCUGAGAUAGUGGCUACCCUCGGUCACGAUGAGCAACAAAAAAGCAAAACAACAAAAAAAACCCAAACAAAGAUAGCGACGUGUCUUCUUUACAAUCUCAUUAUUCCCACAUUAAUUUCGACUCGACGAUUUUGUUUUACUGCCUUCGUCGCGCGCGGAAAGUACGAUUUAAUGACCGGUUUGGUGGCUUGGA